UCACCAUGUCGGCAGGAAAUGCUAAGAUUGGGCGCCCAGCCCCCAAUUUCAGGGCCACAGCUGUUAUGCCAGAUCAGCAGUUCAAAGACAUCAGCCUUUCUGACUACAGAGGGAAAUAUGUUGUGUUGUUCUUUUACCCCUUGGACUUCACCUUUGUGUGUCCCACGGAGAUUAUUGCAUUCAGUGAUCGGGCUGAAGAAUUUAAGAAACUCAACUGCCAAGUGAUUGGGGCUUCUGUGGACUCCCACUUCUGUCACCUUGCCUGGGUAAACACAGUCAAAAAGCAAGGUGGCCUGGGACCUGUCAAUAUCCCCCUGGUGUCUGAUGCCAAACGCACUAUUGCUCAAGACUAUGGAGUCUUAAAGGCAGAUGAGGGAAUUUCAUUCAGGGGUCUCUUCAUCAUUGAUGAGAAGGGGAUCCUUCGACAGAUCACCAUCAAUGACCUUCCUGUGGGCCGCUCUGUAGAUGAAACUCUGCGGCUAAUCCAGGCCUUCCAGUUCACAGACAAGUAUGGUGAAGUGUGCCCUGCUGGCUGGAAACCUGGAAGCGAUACCAUCAAGCCUGAUGUGAAGGGGAGUAAGGAAUACUUCUCUAAGCAGAACUGAGCUGUUAUCUGCUGAAGAUAUCCCGAUGUAGGGGGCCUGGGGACACACCUAGCUGCUGUCUGCAGGUCAAGGGAAAACAAAACACGCCUGACCCUUUCCCAAGCUUUCAACUAGAAGGCCUUCAUAGGGGAGCCAAGACACUGUGGGGGGUAGCUGGGCAUAUCCGCACCUCAUGGGCCUUGAUUCAGAUCAUUCCUCUCAGGGCAGCAGUUGAGCUCCUGCCUUAGGCCUGCUGUGUUUCUUUCUCUUUAAUGACCAAGUGCUGUUAACAACGUUUGUACCGUAGUCGGCCCUUGGGGCUUGAGCUCAUCUGAUAUUUUUGUAGUUGUAUUAAACUUGUCCUAAGAAAA